GGAUCUCGCUUGCAACGCGCGAAACUUCUUUGCGCUUCAAUAAUACUGUGUCAGGAAAGCCACGGUGAUCACUUCUAAGCUUUUAUUUCACUUCUUUUCCCCCGAGGAAACGCUGCGCCUAAAGGGGCAUGGAUUUCACCCAAGCACCUCUCAACAUGGAUGGAAGUGAUUAUCAACAGUCGAAGUCAGCUAAUCAGUUGCACAGACAAACACCGUGAUGUCUGCAAUAACAGGACCUCUGCGGGUGUGGUCGUUCAUCAAGAUCGCGGCCCCGUAUAGCUCCAAGACUCCCAGGUUGCAUCCAAUUCACACCCCAUUGCAUUUCACCUGUCGAUAAAACUUGUGCACAAUGCCUGCUGCCAGUGCCACCACAUCCUCCUUCUACCUCCCCGAUAUCAACAUCGCCCCUUGGCUCGAAGACCCUGGCAGCCCAUCUGGCCAACAUGUCGUCAAUGAAGUUCGCAGAGCCUGCACAUCAACUGGCUUCUUCCAACUGACUGGCCACGGCUUCCCCCCUGCCGUUAUAAAGGAUAUCUUCGCCGCGGCGGCCAAGUUCUUCGCCCUUCCAAAAGAAAUCAAACAAGACCUCAACUUCACCAAAAACGCCGGUUUCCGCGGAUAUGAGCUAGUUGGUGCCCAAGUCUACGAGACCGACGUCCUGCCCGAUCUCAAAGAGGGCUUCCUCGCAGGCAUCGACUUGCCGCGUGACGAUGUGCGUGUGCAGAACAAGCGCUUCUUCGCGGGACAGAACGUCUGGCCAUCGCCCGACGUGCUCCCUUACUCGGAGUUUCGCACACCAGUAGAGACUUACUACAAGAGCAUCAUGCAGCUGUGCUGGACGGUCAUGGACCUCAUCGCCUCGACGCUGCCCUACGGACCCAACGUCUUCGACGAGUGGAAGGCUCAUGAGCCAGCGUGCCCCCUGCGGCUCCUGCACUACCCACCCACCCCGAAGCAUGUCGCUGGCAAGACCAGGCAACUCGGCAGCAGCGCACACACGGACUUUGGCGGUGUCACGCUGCUCCUACAGGACUCGCACGACGGCUUGGAAAUCCUCGACCGGGAAACGCGUUCUUGGGUACCUGUGCCGCCGAAGCCUGGUGCUUUCGUGAUCAACGUAGCUGAUAUGAUGACAAUGAUUACCGGUGGGGAGUACAAGAGCAGUAUGCACCGGGUCAUCAACCAGAAUGAGACAGAUCGGUAUAGUGUUGUAUUCUUCAUGGAUGGCAAUGUGGAUUACAAGUUGAGAAGGUUGGAUAAGAUUGGUCAGCCAGUAGGCGAGGAUGAGGAACUUAUAACCGUGGAGGAGUACAUGCUUGGGAAGAGGAACACGACUUAUGUCAAGUAGGAUUGCCCCAUGCUCAAAGCACGAUUUAAUUAUGUACCUUGUCGACUUGAACUGAGGAUCAGAAUUUCUCUUUGAGUUAUUUGCUGCCC